UGUUCCCUCGCGUUCCCGGGGCUCCGGGGCCCGUGGACGCCGUGCGAGGCCCGGGCCGUGCCGGGGGAGCGGUCCCGGGCUGUUCCCGAGCCCCGCGCUCGCCGCCGGGGGAUCCCACGGGGAAGGGGCGGCAGCUCGGGGCUGAGUCCCGGUGACUUUGAUAGAUUCUUCCCUACCCGUGCUCGGUCGGGGGGAUUUUAGGGAAGGGGAGGACCGUGCCGGGCCACCGCCCACGAAAACAAAAGAGCCCGAAAGUCGCAGCCGGAGGUGCGGGAGCUGCCGGCGGGACGGGCGGGCCCGGGGGAUGCGGCGGGGCCCGGGGGAGCCGGGGUUUUGUUCCGCCCCUCCCCGCCACAGGAAAUCGGCCGGUUUAUUAGAACCGGUUUGCGCCGGUGGCUCGGGCUUCCCCCUCCCGCCGAGACCCGGGGCCUCCACUGGCGGCUGCGAGCACCGAAAGCUGCGAAAUUCCCCCCAAAACGCAGCCUGUCCGGGAGAAAACGGGUACAGGGGAUCCCAGACAUGGGGAGGGGGCUGGCAGGACCCUCCCAUCACCUGGGGAGGGGGAUUUGGGGGCACCAACCGGGGGUGCCCAGGGAGCGGAGCUGGGUCUGGGAAGGGAGGACUGGGGGGUGCCCAAACACCCCGGUGGUCCUGGAAACCCUCUGCCAGGAGAUSCUGGAGCUCAGCCCGGCCGCUGCUCCUCCAGCACAGGGGUGUCCUCCAGGUCCCUAUCCCAGGGGUGUCCCCAUCCCUGCAGCGUCUCCAUCCUGGCCCCUGUGGUUCUCCCAUUCCUGUGGCACCUCCAUCCCUGUCCCAGUGACAUCCCAUCCCUGCAAUGUCCCGGUGCUGUCCCAUCCCCGUGGCAUCCCAGUCUCAAUGGUGUUCUUGCAGCAUCUCCAUCCCAGUGGUGUCGCCAUCCCUGCAACAUCCCAGAGGUGUCCCCAUCUGUUUGGCACCUCCAUCAUGGUCCCAGUGACGUCCCUCUCCUUGCACCUCCAUCCCAGUGCCAGUGGCGUCCCCAUUCCUGGCUGCAGGUGUAUCCGUGUGUGUACUGUAAUCCAUGUGUCCAUGUGUGUCCUCGUGUGUCCCCGUGUGUCACACGUGUGUCCCGGCAGGUGCUUGUAGUGUCGCCGCCGGUGUCCCGACCCUGCCGCGGUGCUCGUGCUCAUUGCCACCACGCCAGGCUCCCUGUCCCCCACCCCCGGCCUCGGCAGGCUGUGACAGUGUUCCGGCUGCUCUCCGAGUAACGUGGUUACCAUGGAAACAAUAAAACGGCGGCGAUUCCAGGCUCCCGUUGGAAAUGUGGAAGUGCCGGAGCGGGAAGGCGGCGGUUCCUCGGGUCCUCACCCCGCUCCCGCCGCGCUCACGUGGCCUCGCUGGCUGUUCCCGGCCGGGUGGGAGGCGGUCAGCACCAGACUCAGGAUUUUCUGUAGAAAAAAAAGACAUGGGAUUUUGGAUGGAAAUGCCUUUUCCAUGGAACCAAUCCAAAAUUCCUUUUUUGUCUUUCCUGUGUGUGUGUAUAGCCACAGGUGGGGAUCUGGCUGACAUAGGGCGUUUGUCCCUGCUCAGAGGUGUCCCAGCAUGUUGGGGACACAGCUGGAGAUACACUGGGAUGAGGCAGAGGGGGCUGGGAUGCUCCUGGAGCUGGGGGUGGCACGGGGAGAUUUUCGAGUGCCCCGUGGAUGACACAUCCCAGGGAGCACCGGACACCCCCGCCCCAGACCCUGAAAUGUGACGCAGCUCCUGCGGAUCCCAUCCGUGCACAAGGGGACAUUCCCGGGGGUGUUCCCGCAGGGAGGAUCCGCCAGGGGCUGCUCCAAGAUGCACAGGACCACCCGGAUAAAGAUCACAGAGCUGAACCCCCACCUGAUGUGCGCCCUGUGCGGUGGCUACUUCAUCGAUGCCACCACCAUCGUGGAGUGUCUGCACUCCUUCUGCAAAACCUGCAUCGUUCACUACCUGGAGACCAACAAAUACUGCCCCAUGUGCGAUGCGCAGGUGCACAAAACCCGGCCCCUGCUCAGCAUCAGGUCAGACAAAACCCUCCAGGAUAUUGUGUACAAGCUGGUCCCGGGGCUUUUCAAAGAUGAGAUGAAGAGGAGCAGCUGUCUCUGCCUCAUUCCCGCAGUUCCCAACGGCUCCAGCGAGGACCGCGGGGAGGUGGCAGAGCAGGACAAGGGGACGCUGGCGGAGGACGGGAUCGUCAGCCUGUCCAUCGAGUUCCACGGCAGCUCCGGAGAGGACAAGAAAGGCGCCGUGGAGAACGGGGAYCUGGACAGGGACAAGAGCCCCGGGCUGCGGUUCCUGCGCUGCCCCGCGGCCAUGACCGUGAUGCACCUGGCCAAGUUCCUGCGCAACAAGAUGGAUGUGCCCAGCAAGUACAAGGUGGAGGUGCUGUACGAGGAUGAGCCCCUGAAGGAAUAUUACACCCUGAUGGACAUCGCCUACAUCUACCCCUGGAGGAGGAACGGUCCCCUGGCGCUCAAGUACCGUGUCCAGCCCGCCUGCAAACGCCUCAAGCUGUGCCCGGUGCUGCCAUCCGAGGGCACCAACACGAGCGGCGCCUCCGAGUGCGAGUCGGGCAGCGACAAAGCGCAGAGCCCCGCGGGAGCGGCCGCCCCCGGCCCGGCCCUGGGCAGCCCCGCCACCCCCGGGCACGGCCCCGCCACCCCCGGGCACGGCCCCGCCACCCCCGGGCACGGCCCCGCGCUCAACGGCGCCUCCUCGAACUGUCACCCGCUGCCACCCGGGGCCCGGGGCCGCAAAACGACUCUGAACGGCAGCGCGGGCUCCGCGCUGAGUUAAAAUCGCUGCCCGCACCGGGAUUUCCRCCGAGAUGUUCUUUACGGACCUCUAGAGAUAUCUACGUGUACAUAGGGUGAGAGAGAGAAGAGUUCUACGGACUUAUUUUCUAAUUUAAAAUGCAAAGAAGACACAGAAGUGGCGGUGGAUAUUUUUAAAUGGUUGGGGGAUUUGGGGUGGUUUUUGGGAGUUUGUGGGGUUUUUGUGAAGUUUCUUUUUGUUUCUGUUUUUUAUUUUUUAGGUAUUUUCCUUUUUUUGUUGUUGUUGUUGGUUGGUUGGUUUUUGUUUUGGUUUCUGGUUUGUUUUUUUGGGGGUUUUUUGGGUUGGUUUUGAGGUUUGGGUUUGACUUGUGGAAGCUGCAUGCCCCCACCCCCAGCCCCACUCCCCCACCCGGGGCUGGGAGGCUCCCGCAGGUGGUGCCGCAUUCCCGGCUUUCCCCGAGGCUUUUCCUGCUCCUCCCUCUCCGCCCGGAGCCAGACGGGGCCGUGGCCGCACAGGUGAGGGCCAAGCACAGGUAAGGGCCAAGCACAGAAGCC